AAUUUCCACGAAAUCUUUUAUUUUCCCGCCUCUGAAGAUCAUAGCUUUUAAUUGCGAGCCAAGCAAGGGCCCCGGGGUCCAGCUGUAACGAGGGUCGGAGCGUACAAGAGGCCGAUCCGGGGAGGUUGUUUAUCUAUAGUAUUGGGGGGACCUUGAAACGGCCGAUGUCCCAUUUCCUCUGUUGUUUUGCUUCUUUUUGCACAGCGUUCUCCAUGUUGAACCAAUUCUGAGAUUUGGGUUGGGACCUGCCUGUGUAUGUAUGUACGGGCUGGGGAGGGGGUUUUUAUUUAUUUAUCGCAACGUUUAUGUUUAGAGAUCCCAAAGAUCUUAUUGUAAUAGAACCAGAAUCAGGGAUUUAAAAGAAAAAAACACCAAACAACCCAGUUAGAGUAAAGAAGCGGAGAGCUACAGGAUUCCGAUCUGGAAGAAGAAGAGAUCAGCACUGGAUCUGUGCAAGUCUUAGAUGGAAAGCAGCUGUAUCACUCAAGUGCAGAGAGAAGAGGCACUGGUGCACCCCAAGCAAGGACUGGUGUCCAAGUCCUCACCAAAGAAACCUCGGAAUCGGAGCAUCUUCAAGGCUCUCUUCUGUUGCCUUAGCGCACAGAAUGUCAACCGGCCUGGGGGCUCAAGCGAGCCUCCUGCUCAGAAGGAGGAUGCGCAUCCUACACCAAAGUCGGAUUUACUCCAGUGCCUUCAGUAUCAGUUCUAUCAGAUCCCAGGUACCUCUUUACUACCAGAGGUAGCACCGAAAGACAAAGAGAAAAUAUGCAUGGUGAUUGACCUGGACGAAACACUGGUUCAUAGUUCUUUCAAGCCAAUCAGUAAUGCAGAUUUUAUCGUACCGGUGGAAAUUGAGGGAACCACACAUCAGGUGUAUGUUCUAAAGAGGCCUUAUGUGGAUGAGUUUCUGGAAAGAAUGGGAGAGUUAUAUGAAUGUGUAUUGUUCACAGCUAGCCUUGCCAAGUACGCUGACCCAGUCACAGACCUUUUAGACAAGGGAGGAGUCUUCCGCGCCCGUCUGUUCAGGGAAGCCUGCGUGUUCCACCAAGGCUGCUACGUCAAGGAUCUUAGCCGCUUGGGGAGGGACCUAAAGAAAACAAUAAUUUUAGACAACUCCCCAGCGUCCUAUAUCUUCCAUCCAGAAAAUGCGGUACCAGUGCAGUCGUGGUUUGAUGACAUGGCAGACACCGAGCUUCUAAGCCUGAUCCCUAUCUUCGAGGAACUCAGUGACUCUGAGGACAUUUAUACAAGUCUUGGGCAAUUAAGGGCGCCUUGAGGUUUUCAUCACAUGCCCUACUUUUUUUCAGGGGACUUUUUAUAUCUUAAUACUCUUUUUAGUUUUUCUUUAAAAAAAAUUCUCACACUCGCAGUGCCUUUGGCCUCGGAGGAAGAGGAACAGGAGGUGGAACUUGUGAUCCGGCAUACUGGGGACUUCUCAUUGAUUUGAGAACUAGUUUCCCCUCCAGCCUUCUUGAAUGUACCAAGCAAAGCAGCUUAACACUCCUAAUGGCUAGCAUGUCUUGUAUCAUGCUGGCUCCGAAUACAGGGAUACAGUAAUGCCAUUUGGUGUACUGGUCGGAGAAGGUGUCCUUUUAUUUGAAAAUGGUACCAUGUACCUACCUUACGUUUUUGCUGCAGCCCAGUGCUUUUUACUUUCAUUGAGUUAGUCCCAUUGUACAUUGUUGAGGUACAACCAUUCUGAAAGUGUACUGUUUUGAUACUACUCGGUGAAUGAACACACUGGUACUCUUGGUAACUGUUACUUGAUAAAAUGUGUGUGCGCAUACUCUGGAUCCCAAUGUGCCCCAAAUGAUGAUAAGGGCUUAUGUCAAAGAGUAAGUGGCAAUAUUUGACCUUGCAAACCUGGGUCAAGAGUAAUGCAAGCCACCAUGUAAGACAAGAGAGGUGCUAUUGCUCAUUCUAGGUUUUGCUCUACCUAAAGGGAAUGUGUCAUAUAAACAAUUUAGAACAGGGUAUUUGAUCAUGACAAUGAUCGAUAUAUUGUUUUAACAGGCAAGUAUAGAUCAAAGGGGGAAACAAGUUCAUGCUUGUUGGCAGUGCCCCCAUUGGCAUCAUUUUGUGGCCUAAUCUUCAGUAUAGUAAUCGUGCAUUUCUAAGGUCAAAUUGUAACAUCACAUCAAGGGGAGCAAACCUUUGGUUUCUUUUAAAUACUGUUUAUGUGAUGUCAUUUAAUCUUAACACUCUGUUUCAAUGGGAUUCAAUAUAUGCCAGUUAUUGCCUUAUGUUAAAGUUGGCUUUUUGGAGAGCAAUGUCACAUUCACAAUUAAACAAGUAACCAAUACACAA